AGAUUUGAGCUAAGCAUUUUUAUUUUACGAUUUUAUACAAACUGGAUAUCUAAGAAAGAAGACAAAGGUUGAUUUCCAUUCUAACUUUUCUAUUUAUCUACAAAACCUUUCUACAGGACACGGUUGUUUCAUCCCUUUGGGUUCAGGUGUUUAUACGAACAAGCACAGCCGGAAUCAUGGGUUGCACAGUCUCCACAGACGAUAAAGCAGCAAAUGAAAGGUCACGAGCUAUCGAUCGUAACCUCCGUGUGGAUGGAGACAAACAAUCAAGAGAAGUAAAGUUGCUCUUACUUGGUGCUGGUGAAUCUGGGAAAAGCACAAUUGUCAAGCAAAUGAAAAUUAUCCACGAGGACGGUUACUCAGAAGAAGAGUGUUUACAAUACAAAGCAGUCGUCUACAGUAACACAUUACAAUCACUCAUCACUAUUGUGAGGGCGAUGGGAAACUUGAAAAUCGAUUUUGGUUCAUCAGAUAGAGCGGAUGAUGCCAGACAGUUGUUCUCAUUGGCUGGAUCCCUGGAAGAUGGAGAGAUGACCCAGGAGCUGGGAGACUGCAUGAAACGAAUGUGGGGUGACAAGGGAGUGCAAGUCUGCUUCAACAGAUCAAGGGAGUUUCAACUCAAUGACUCUGCACAGUACUACCUGGAUAGUCUUGACCGACUGGUUGCAUCGGACUACGUGCCCACUGAGCAGGAUGUGCUACGGUCUCGAGUGAAAACCACAGGAAUUGUUGAGACGCAAUUCGAACACAAAGAUUUACACUUUAAUUACUUGGAUUCCCUUGAUCGAUUGACUGAACCUCGGUAUGUCCCAACCCAGCAGGAUGUGCUUAGAACCAGAGUUAAAACUACAGGCAUCGUCGAAGUAGACUUUAACUUUAAAGGUCUCACCUUCAAGAUGUUUGAUGUUGGUGGUCAGCGUUCAGAAAGAAAGAAAUGGAUUCAUUGUUUUGAAGGUGUGACUGCUAUCAUCUUCUGUGUAGCACUAUCAGCUUAUGACUUGGUGCUUGCUGAAGAUGAAGAAAUGAACCGUAUGCACGAGUCGAUGAAACUUUUUGAUUCGAUUUGCAACAACAAGUGGUUCACCGAGACUUCUAUCAUUCUCUUUCUGAACAAGAAAGAUUUGUUUGAAGUUAAAAUUCUUAAAUCCCCUCUCUCUAUCUGCUUCCCUGAAUACCCGGGCCAGAACACAUAUGCUGAGGCAGCUGCAUACAUUCAACUUCAAUUCGAAGACCUUAACAAACGUAAGGACAGCAAGGAAAUCUAUACCCACUUUACAUGCGCCACUGAUACAACCAACAUACAAUUUGUGUUCGAUGCCGUCACUGAUGUCAUUAUCAAAAACAACUUGAAAGAUUGCGGGCUCUUCUAAAUACGAUGUUUCGUCCAAAAAGUGAUUUUAGGCGAAGUUCUUUUGCUUGAUGUGCGGAACUCUUCUUGGUGAUUACCCCCCUUGUGUUUACCCAACACCUGGACAACAACUGUUUUAUCAAGUGACCGUGUUUAGUCUUGUGUGCGAGGGUAAAUCCCCAAAUCUCCCACUCACUCUCACAUCCACAACUUUGCAUGAGGGGGUCAUUAAGUAUUUAUUAUUUUACCGUUGUUGCCAUAGCGACUUGUUUUAGUGAGCUUAUUAGCCCCCUCUAGCGGGUGUGAAUCGUCGUUUGAUGUUGUGCGACCUCUCUGUACUUUUGUAUAAAAAUAACUUCUCCAAGACCCCUUUUUUUCUUUUUUCCUUUUUAAACGUUCGCACGUAUAAGCCACCAAGACAUAACAGACUACUGAUAAAGAACAAGGUGUUGCCACCACACGGAGCAACAUAGAACGCACCAAUCACAGUUUCAACGCGAUUACUCCGCGACAAUCACCACCGCGUUCUUCUUCGUGACGUAGCGCUCCUCUGACGUCAUCACCCGGUGACGUCAUCGCAUGCAUACCGGCCUGCGGGUGCCACACUGUUUCGUAACAAUAGAAAUGAUGUAAUUCUUAACGUAGGUACUUCGUUGUUGUAUCGUGCCGCCGUUUCCCCUUUUACAGUGGUAAUUUGUUUCACUGACAAUAUAACUUGUUUUGUACAACUCGCAAACCCCAACUGGUUGUUCUGUCCUACUGCGCAUUUGCGCUGUGUUACUUCGAAACGUCGACUGACAAAUGAAACAGUCACAACAAGCUAAA